AAGGUUGGGCUGCGCCGCGUUCCGUCGGCGAUUGUGCCCUGUCCGCGGCGGCGGCGCAUGCGCAGGAGGGUCUCCCCAUCCCCUCACAACAAUACGCGGAUGGCGUCCGGGGCGGAGUGCGCGCUGCGGGUGAGCCUCUUCUCGGACCAAGGCGGGCGCAAGUACAUGGAGGACGUCACCCACAUCCUGGUGGAGCCCGAGAAGGAGGAGGCCUCGAAGGGGGCCCGCUCGGUGGCCUUCUUCGCGGUGUGCGACGGGCACGGCGGGCGGGAGGCGGCCCUCUUCGCCCGGGAGCACCUCUGGGCCUUCAUCAAGAAGCAGAAGGGGUUCCGCUCCGCCGAGCCCCGCGCCGUCUGCGCCGCCCUCCGCAAGGGCUUCCUCGCCUGCCACCGCGCCAUGUGGAAGCAGCUCCCCGAGUGGCCGAAGACGAUGAGCGGCCUUCCGAGCACGUCGGGGACGACAGCCAGCGUGGUCAUCAUCCGGGGCUCCAAGAUGUACGUGGCGCACGUGGGCGACUCCGGCGUGGUGCUCGGCGUCCAGGAUGACCCCAAAGACGACUUUGUCCGGGCUGUGGAGGUGACGCAGGACCACAAGCCGGAGCUCCCCAAGGAGCGGCAGCGGAUCGAAGGCCUCGGGGGCAGCGUGAUCAACAAAUCCGGUGUCAAUCGGGUUGUGUGGAAAAGACCUUGCCUGACGCACAACGGCCCUGUGAGGCGGAGCACCGUCAUGGACCAGAUCCCUUUCCUGGCAGUGGCCCGUGCCCUUGGCGACCUAUGGAGCUACGACUUCUACAGCGGCGAAUUCAUUGUGUCUCCGGAGCCGGACACAAGCGUCCACACGCUGGAUCCCCAAAAGCACAAAUACAUCAUUCUGGGCAGUGAUGGGCUGUGGAACAUGAUCUCUCCCCAGGAAGCCAUUUCCAUGUGUCAGGACCAUGAAGAGAAGAAGUAUUUUAUGGGAGAGCACCAACAGUCCUUGGCCAAAAUGCUGGUGAACCGAGCCCUGGGCCGGUGGAGGCAGCGCAUGCUUCGGGCGGACAACACCAGCGCCAUCGUGAUCAGCAUGUCUUCGGGGCGGAGCUGCUGCACGGACCUGGAAAGCGAGGAGAAGCUGUGCUUCAACUUGGCGGAGGGCCCUUCCUACAGCAGCCUCGAAAUGUGGACUUCGUCGCAGUGUUCCACUCUGCCAGUCAAGGCCGUAGAAGAGGAUCUGUUGCCGCGCCUGAGUUCCCCCGAGACUGUCCCUUUACUCCCCCGGAGCAGCACUGUAUUGAGCAAUGGCUCUGAACCCCCGUCUGAGGAUGUCGCCAAAGGCAGCUUGACGUCGCCGGCACCGUCUCCGAAGGAUGGAGCACCGCAGGAGGAGACCCCUGGCAAGGCCCUGGGGCUGAGGGUACAGAAGUCCUGUCGCGGGAGCUCGCCGCCCAAUUCAGGGAGGGCGGACCCAGACCCCAAGGCCUUCAAGGUAUCUCCGAACGACGGCUCAAAGGCCCACGAGUCGGAGCACGCGCCGACGGCCGCAAACUUCAAACGGACUUUGGAAGAAUCCAAUUCGGGGCCGGUGAUCAAGAAGCCCAGGUGGGGUCCGGCCAGGAACGCGGGGGCCCAGACUGAAAGCCUAUCCGCGCCACCGCAGCACAAAACCCCCAACAAGCUGGCCAUGCGCCGCAGCCUCCGGAGACAGAAGAAACUAGGCAAGCCAUUGUUUCCGCAGCCCAGGAAAGCCUUGUGUGUGUGCUGAAGGAUACCCCUGGGGCUUACUUGGUGCGGACCCUUUGGAAACUGCGACAGGGAUUUCUUCCUGCCCACCUCUUUAUUUUUUUAAUGUAGAAACCUUGGUAUACAGAUAGCUUUAUCCCGACCUUGUACUCUCACUUGUAAUAUAACUGUGAAUUUUUGUAGGCGUUCGUUAGGAUUGUAAAAAGGAACAAGCGUGUAAAUUUAUAUUCCUUCAUACAAAUGUAGUGUCCCCGCCAAACCUUCAUUAAUUGUGACAACAGGGCUAAAAAACAAAACAAAACACAUUUUUAUUGGGACAGCGCAUUUGUGUGUGUGUAUGUGUGUGAUGAGAAUUGGUGGCGGCUUGAGUACAAAAGGGCAAGAGGCCACUAUAAACGAUAAGAUAAUCCAGGCAUCCUCAAACUGCGGCCCUCCAGCUGUUUGGGCCUUCAACUCCCAGAAUUCAUGACAAUUGAACGAGCUUAUUAGGGCUUCUGGGGCCGCAGUUUGAGGAUGCCUGUUUUAUAUAUAAACCAUAAGAAUGUUUUUCAUAUAUAUACUAUAGUCAUACAGCAUUCAGUGUACAAACAAAGCUUGUCAAAAUUCAAAAUAUACUACACAAUUACAGUGUUACCUUGCUAAUUCACGGUUCGUUUUCAGCGGAUUCGCUGUUUUGCGGGAUUUUGAAAAUAUUAAUAUAAAAUAUUUACAUUCAGUGGAGGCCAGGGACCCCGGAAGUGUGGCAGCCUGAGGCAUGACAGAGAAGGCCUACCUCCCUGGUCUCCACAGAUCCUGGAAGUGCGGUGGACUGAGGUGUGGCGGGGAAGGCCAGCCUCCCUGGCCUCCACAGACCCCGGAAGUGCAGUGGCCUGAGGUGCGGCGGGGAAGGCCUGCCUCCCUGGCCUCCACAGACCCCGGAAGUGCGGUGGCCUGAGGUGCGGCGGGGAAGGCCUGCCUCCCUGGCCUCCACAGACCCCGGAACUGUGGUGGCCUGAGGUGCAACGGGAAAGCCCUGCCUCCCUGGCCUCCACAGACCCAGAAGUGCGGUGGCCUGAGGUGCGG